AUGUCAGAAGUUUACACUGUGAAGGUUGAGGAAGGAAAGCCUGCUACAUCUGAUGGAAAGCCAUCUGCAGGGCCUGUAUAUAGAUGCAUUUAUGCCAAAGAUGGUCUUUUGGAGUUGCCUUCUGGUUUAGACUCCCCUUGGGAUUUCUUCAGGGAUUCAGUUAAGAGGAACCCCGACAACCAAAUGCUUGGAACACGUCAAAAACUCGAUUCUAAAGUGGGACCGUAUUCAUGGCUCACAUAUAAAGAGGUCUACGACGCUUCCAUCCAAAUGGGAUCAGCCAUGAGAAGCCGCGGUGUCAAUCCUGGAGAUCAUUGUGGCAUAUAUGGUGCCAACUGUCCUGAAUGGAUCAUUGCAAUGGAGGCUUGCAAUAGCUCUGCAGUAACAUAUGUUCCAUUGUAUGACACCCUUGGUCCUAAUGCUGUGGAGUUUAUCAUAAACCAUGCUGAAGUUUCAAUCGCAUUUGUUCAAGAAAAUAAGAUUGCAUCAAUUUUGUCAUGUCUUAGUCGGUGUUCUUCAAAUCUUAAAACUAUUGUGAGCUUUGGAAAUGUUUCAGCCGCACAAAAGAAGGAAGCUGAGGAAUUUGGCGCGUCCUGCUUCUCCUGGGAAGAGUUUCUCCAGUUGGGAAGUUUAGAUUGGGAUCUACCACUAAAAAAGAAGACUGACAUUUGCACAAUAAUGUACACAAGUGGAACAACCGGAGAACCGAAAGGUGUCAUUAUUAAGAAUGAGGCAUUCAUGUCUGAAGUGUUGUCUAUUGAUCAAAUUAUCAUGUUAACAGACAGAGUGGCCGCAGACGACGACAUAUACUUCUCCUUUCUUCCUCUUGCUCAUGUAUACGACCAGAUAAUGGCGACCUAUUGUGUCUUCAAGGGCUCAUCAAUAGGAUUUUGGCAAGGCGAUGUUAGAUUCUUGAUGGAAGAUGUUCAGGUAUUGAAACCAACUAUAUUUUGUGGCGUUCCUAGAGUUUUUGAUCGUAUUUGCACCGGUAUCAAAAGCAAAGUUUCAUCUGCUGGAUCACUGAAAAGUGCAUUGUUUCGUUAUGCAUACAACUAUAAGUUAAGUUACUUGGAGAAGGGUCUUCCACAGCAUAAAGCAGCACCACUGUUUGAUAGGCUUGUUUUUGAUAAGACAAAACAAGCACUCGGUGGUCGCGUUCGUAUCCUAUUAUCAGGAGCUGCUCCUUUGCCUAAUCAUGUGGAAGAGUGUUUGAGAGUCACUAGUGGAUCCACAUUAUCACAAGGAUAUGGUCUUACGGAAAGCUGUGCUGGGUGUUUCACAUCGAUCGGCGAUGUGUUUUCUAUGAUGGGAACAGUUGGAAUUCCCAUGACAACCAUUGAGGCCAGACUUGAAUCUGUACCAGAGAUGGGAUACGACGCGCUUUCCAGUGAACCCCGCGGAGAAAUUUGCCUGAGAGGAAAUUCCUUGUUCUCUGGUUACCACAAGCGACAAGAUCUUACUGAAGAGGUUAUCGUUGAUGGUUGGUUUCAUACAGGCGACAUCGGAGAAUGGCAACCAAAUGGAGCCAUGAAAAUUAUCGAUAGGAAAAAGAAUAUCUUUAAACUGUCUCAAGGAGAAUACAUUGCUGUAGAGAAUAUCGAAAGCAAGUAUCAGCAAUGUCCUCUUAUAACAUCGAUUUGGGUUUAUGGAAACAGUUUCGAGUCAUUCUUGGUGGCUGUGGUAGUCCCUGAAAGAAAGGCUCUCGAGGAUUGGGCUGUAGAGCACAAUUUAACCGGCGACUUUAAAUCUGUGUGUGGAAAUUUAAAGGCAAGAAAAUACAUUUUGGACGAGCUCAGAAGCACUGGCCAGAAACUCCAACUUAAGGGAUUUGAGCUGCUCAAAUCUAUUUAUCUGGAACCAUCUCCCUUUGACAUAGAGAGAGAUCUAGUAACUCCAACAUUCAAAUUGAAGAGACCUCAAUUACUGAAAUACUACAAGGAUCAAAUCGAUGAACUAUACAAGGAAGCAAAGGGAACAAUGGCAUGA